AGGGGAGGGGUGUGGAUGGCAAACAACACCCUGGAAAGAAAAUAUGAGAAAGGGGAGGGGUUGCUUUACAGCGAGUGUUUUGGUGUGUUUCUCAUUGCGCCUUCUCCUACUGCCACAGAUGCCGUCGCCACCCGAAGGCACAGAGGCGAGCCGUUCCAGGCCUCUGAGGCGCUGGCAGCGGCGUCACCGGUCCCAGAGUCCAGGUCCCCGGAAGGCAGGUUCCUGGAGAGCAGGCCCCUGGAGUCCAGGUCACCCGAGGGCAGGUCCCUUUUGGGCGGCCUGGCCCUGGGCACGCGGGUGAGGCCUGCCGUCGGCGCGCGGGCUGCUGCCACCACCACGGCGCUUGCAGCCAGGAGGAAGCAGAGCAAGAAGGACGACGAUGACGAGGGCGGUGGAUUCUUUGACGACGACGACGAUGACGAGGAUGACGCCAAGGACCCCAAGCAAGCCGGCACCAAGACCUUCAAGAUCAAGAAGCACAAGCUCAAGAAGUGGCUCCUGCCGCUGCUCGUGGGCUACAAGCUCAAGUUCAUGACGCUUGUGCCGCUGCUGUUCGCCACGCUCGCGCUGCUCGUCGCCUCGGCCGGGUUCGCCGGCUUCUUCUUCGCCAUGUUCACCGCGGCGCUCACCCUGGGCAAGAGCAGCAGCCACCACCACUAGAGCCCCCAGCCUGGAUCUCAUGUCGUUACACUGAUUCGUCGUCACGCUAAUUUAUUUAUUUAUUGAUUUAUCUUCGACAAAGUCGCGUGAAAGUUGGUUGAAUGGUUGACAUGAUCCGGUUUCUUUGCUCAAAACAGCAACUGGCCAGUUUGCUUAGAAAUUCCCUGCUCAUCUUUGAAAGGUCUUGUAAAAUUCAUUUUGCUGAAAACGAACAUUUUUUCGUUUUUUAUUCGUCGAAGUUUUGGGUUGCUUUUCAUGGUGCAUAUGCCUUAGAUUCGCGGAUUUUAACAAAAGGCGCAUGUAGUCUUCUAGAAAAUAGAAUAGUUUACCCAUGCCUCUAAGGCAAGCCAUUUCAUUGAUCCUGUGCGUUAAUUACCACUUCCUUUGCAAACCUAAGAUAAGUUUUACUUCUUGCCAUGAUACUGACGACUACGAAAACAACAAGACACUAACUGAGUGAAACCAAAAACAUUUUUGAUAGAUGAGUAAGUUGACAUAUUAUAGGUAGGGUCGACUAAUUGGGUGAGAACCAUUUAAUUUACAGACUUAUUCUUUAGAACUCUCUAGGAAGAGCACUCAGAUGAAACAAAACACUAUGUAUUUAGGAGAUCGACGAGAACCCAGAUUUAUGUUAAAUUAGUAAAUUAUUUAUUUAUUUGUACAUACGUGUAGAA